GUGUGCUUGCUUGCGUCUCUAUUGUUGUGUUUGCAUUAUUUUCAAUUUAAAAAUCACAAGCGUCAGACGUGUGUUUACACGUUGUAUAUAUUCAAAAAAUACCAAAAGCCAGUGAAGUAGAAUGGGCAAUGCAAGUGGCAAAAAGGAAUCGGACAAUGUGUAUACAUCGGAAGAGUUGCGCUUUCUAGAGACAGCAUAUCGCAAUGCCUCCGGCGGUGCAUUGGAGAAAUUAACCUCGGAUCGUUUGGUGGAAUCAUGGUCGCAAACCAUCGAACGCUCGUUGGCGGAAAGCACGGCUCAGUUUCUGUUUAUACCGCAGAAGCCGGGCCAGCAAUGCAUCAAUAUACCCUUAAAGAAGUUCGGUGAACCCUACUAUAUCAUGGAGCGUGGCAGCAUUGAAACGAAAAUGCAAUUUCUGCUCUCCUCGCUGAAUCGCAAUGCCAGCGACAAUUUCAAUAUCAAGCAGCUGGAGCAGUAUAUACACUCGGUUAUUAAGAGUUAUGUCCAUCUGGAGACCACAUCGAAGGGUUCGAGCAUUAAGGAGUGGCAAGAUCUGGGCUUUAUAACCACAGAACGUUCGGCCUGCACCUUUGCCAAGGGUUUGAUGCGUAAUUUGAGCAAAGAUUUGGAGCACACCAUGCCCAAUGAGACGCUCGAGCGUUGGCUGCAUGUCACCCCACAAUUUCUGCAGCUGUGGCGCGAAGUAUUCGUUCAGCUUUAUACACGUCACGGUGGCAGCAGCAGCAAGCGUUCGUUGGUUAAGGAAAUUGAGAUUUGCAUUCUGCCACAGCUGUGCGAUGCACCACAGAACAGUCACUAUAGGCCCAUCAUUGAGCUGCCACAUGUGCUCUAUAUCAAUGCACAGCUGCCGCGUGAAAUGCGUCACAAAUGGCGUUUCUUAUUCUCAUCGAAAAUCCAUGGCGAAAGCUUCUCCACAAUGCUGGGCAAAAUGUUGGACAAGGGUCCCACGCUCUUCUUCAUCGAGGACGAGGAUCAAUACAUAUUUGGUGGCUAUGCUCCUGAAUCGUGGGCAUUGCGUCCACAAUUUGCUGGCAAUGAUAGCUCAUUGCUAUACACACUGAGUCCAGCCAUGCGCUGCUUUAGUUCCACGGGUUACAACGAUCAUUACCAGUAUCUGAAUUUGAAUCAACAGACCAUGCCCAAUGGCCUGGGCAUGGGCGGCCAAUUUGAGUAUUGGGGUCUGUGGUUGGACUGCAUGUUCGGCGAGGGACAGAGCGUCGAGAGCUGUACCACAUAUGGCGACUAUGUGCAGUUAAGCAAACGCAAACAAUUCAAAAUACGCAACAUGGAGGUCUGGGCUGUGGGCGAUUUGCCAGUCAAGGACGAUGAGGAAGGUGGUGGUGAGGGUCAGAAACGCUCUGUGCUGGAUGGGAAUUUGGAAGAUCGUGCCAUGCUCGAGAUAGCUGGCAAGCAAAUGCACUCGGAUGGACUUCGUGAGCCUGGAAUGGAUGAUUGAUGGCGGAUGCUAAAGUUGUGGAUGGGCUUGGUUUUACCAUGUUCAAGAAUUUAUAGUACUAUGUCUCUAUUGGGUGUGAUGUUAAAUGAAACCUUUACAACAUAUAUCUACUUUAGCCUUAGAAUCCUAUUUCUUCUUGUUCGUUGUCGAAGCAACUAUGAUGAUGAUUAUUAUGUUAUUCUACUAUUAUUACACACACACAAAGGUCCUGUGAGGAAACACAUCAGUGUUUCUCUAUGCCAUUCCUACAAAUUUUUGGGUAGCUAUUAAAGUUUUUACAUAUACAAACGAAAAAGAAAAAUACAUAUUAUAACAUAUGUAUAUACAUAUAUAUAUAUAUAUGGAGGCGUAUCGUAUAUAUGUAUAUAGAUCCAUAAGUAUUAUGCAUAGUGUCUAUGUAAUACUGAGAGUAUUGUUGUUGCGUUUUAGGACUACAAACAAAAAGUGAACCGAACAUCUUUUCCAAAAGCAAUUUAAUGUAAACUGUAUUACUCGUAAAUUUUCACUUUACUUUCUCCGCGUCUUAAAUAAAUCGCAUCUAUUGUUUAUUGCUGAACGCAAAUUUAUUACGCUACAAUUGUUAAGCUAAUUGAUUAUGUAUGAUUAAAUUACUUAGUAUUUAAGGCACUUUAAUGAUGUGGUGGGAUCCGCAACAAAUAACAAUUCGACUUUAUCGAUGUCGCACAUUAAAUGUCCACAGCAUAACCGGAGAGUGUGACGCCUGGUGCAAUUUCCUCCUCCACAUAGGAGCCAGCCUCCUCGAAGGAACGUGCAUUGCUGUUAUCCUCAAAGCUGCGUCCCACGCUCGCCGGCAUCUGAUGCAGUGGCGGUGCCCGCUGGCCAAAGUUGCGUGCCACACCAUAGUUGCCACCACUGCCACCAUUAUGCUGAUCAUCAUCGUCGAAGCGACGCCCCGUGGAACGCAACUUGGGCGCCUGGAAUGUGUGCUGAUGCUGAUCGUGGUCCGCGUCGUGGCGAUUGUGGAAAUCAUAAGUGCUCGUCUCGGAGCCGCGUGGAUAGUUUGUCUUGCGCAGCAUGGCCUUGAAAUUGAAUGGAGCAUCCUCCGAACUCUGUUCAGGAAAUGGGAAUUACUUGAAAAUUGAUUGAAUGAAUAAAAUUGAUCUCAUUUA